GGAGGGGAGGGGAGGGGAGGGGAGGGGGGCAGGGAGAGGCAGGACGCGGCUUCCGCCAUAUUGUAUGAGCGGCCCUGAGGCAGGCCGGCACCGAGCCCGGGACAGCAGCGCAGCGGCACUCCGGCCCUCGGCAUCAUGUCAGAGACCUACGAUUUCCUGUUUAAGUUCCUGGUUAUCGGCAGUGCGGGAACAGGGAAAUCAUGUCUUCUUCAUCAGUUUAUUGAAAACAAAUUCAAACAGGAUUCCAACCACACGAUUGGAGUGGAGUUUGGAUCGAAAGUAGUUAAUGUUGGUGGCAAGACAGUUAAACUACAGAUCUGGGACACAGCAGGGCAAGAGCGUUUCAGGUCGGUAACGAGGAGUUACUACAGAGGAGCAGCAGGUGCACUUUUGGUAUACGACAUCACAAGCCGUGAGACCUACAAUGCACUCACAAACUGGUUGACAGAUGCCCGGACCCUUGCCAGUCCUAAUAUCGUCAUAAUUCUCUGUGGGAACAAGAAGGACUUGGAUGCUGAUCGGGAGGUCACGUUCCUGGAGGCUUCGCGCUUUGCACAAGAAAACGAGCUGAUGUUCCUGGAGACCAGUGCACUGACUGGGGAAAAUGUGGAAGAAGCAUUUCUGAAAUGUGCAAGGACCAUCUUAAAUAAAAUUGAAUCAGGUGAGCUUGACCCCGAGCGCAUGGGCUCAGGCAUCCAGUACGGCGACGCCUCGCUACGCCAACUCCGGCAGCCCAGAAGCAUGCAGACACAAAACAAGCAGCAGUGUAACUGCUAGGCACGGUGGCCGUGACUCGAUGCUGUGGAGCUCAUGUAAAAGCAGUGCUGCAAGUUGAUCGGUUCGAUGGAAACCUUACGACCAGGGGGUGAAGCACUGGCCUUGGUUGGUUUAUCUGGGGGGUUGGUGCCUUGCCUUGAGGUCUAAUGACUCCUUGUACAGUAUACCGUGUGUCAUCUGCCUGUUCAGUGAGCUAUCCUCCCAGUUCUAAUGUUUUAUAUAACUGUAUCCCCAUUGGUUAGCUUUCCUAGCCACAUGACUCCAUAGGGUGUAAAGAUGAAAAAUAAUAUCCUCUUUUUUUUUCAAAAAGAGACCACACAAAAUGUGUUUAUGUGUGUGGAAUGGUUUAGAGUCUCCCAUUUAAUUUUUAUUUCAGUGAAGGGUAAUGCUACUUAAACCCAAGACUAUACUGGCAAGCUCUGUGCAAUAGGCUUUACCCACCACCCACCAUUCUGAGUGUAAUUACUAGUCAAAUUGGUCAAUGUAGAUAGACUUACUCCAUUCUCACCUAAUCGCAACCUGUUGUGCUUCAGCACGAGCAGCACAAUAACAUUUAAUUUAACUUUGUUUGACUAUUGCCAGCAUAAUCAAUCCCAAAUCUGCGAGGGUAGCACUACUUUUUUUUUUGCACUGGGUGAAUUGGUUUCUCGUUCUCUGGUUUUAAUCAUCAGGGGUGGUGUGCAGCCUGCUGACCCAAAAUGCUGUCGCUUGUCCUGACUUUCAAGCCUGCUUCCUCCUUCCCUGAUAACCCUGCGUAUCUGACAGAGCAAGGGUGUACCCUACCCCCUUCACUCUGUCCUGCAUUGCAAGGGUUGGACUUUGAACGGAAGAGAUGGCAAGGGCUGUGCAGCCUGCUUCACAGUUCAGGCCGAUCGUGACCAAGUGCACUGCCAGUCCUUUGGUUUCCUUGUCACACUUGCCAGUCGUGUGAUAAGCUCCCAGUCGUGGUCCUGAUGCAGCUAUUUGAGGACGGGGGUCCCAGCUUCCCAAGAAAUAUGAAGGAAUUCCUCUAAUUUGUGGGCAAGUGUUUAGUGCUCAUUGGGUGGGGGGGUGGGGAAUGCUGAUUCUCUGACAGUUAUCUUGAGGAUGACCUAUCCCUCCCACAGAGUUCACAGCAGGUUAUGACUUCAAUUUGUGGCUGAAUGUGGCAGGGGUUGGGUAGGGUUGUCCAGGUCCUGUUGUGUUCCAAUAUGAAGGUAUAUACCACCUACAUUCCUGUACUGUCCAGAGUAUUGAGGCUGAGCCUCCAAGCCCUCUUCUCCACCACUGGGAACAGUUCCUGGUAUGAUGAUGGACGGCAUUCUCAACAAGCAGCCGCCAUCCCCUGCAGCUGCCUUUAAAAUUGGCAGGCUCUUCACUACCCCACUCACGUACCCCAACGACGACGCUGAUGAAUAAAUCUGAACCCUUCGGUCGUUCAGAGUUGCUGUUCAAGUGGCUUCAUCCACCUUGAACAUUUCAUCUGUGAUCCAAUAUCUGGUUUUAUUCUCAGUCUCAGCUGUACAUCCCUAUCACCCCUCUCCCCACCAAACUCGGAGCAACUGAAGAGCAAGAAGUUUACUGUACUAAGUAUUCCUUUCAGGGGUUCCCAAUCCACCGACCCCUUGCUUAAUGGUAAUGCUAAGGCUUAGAUUGUGGGAAGAAAACCAAGUUGUUCCUCAGCCAAUCCUGCUUCCUACGAAUCUCCUGUCCCGUUGCCUUGUUGCAUUAGUUGCUGCAGCAUUCCCAACCGAAUUAGUUUCUGCUGGCACACUCCAAAGAUGGGUCUAACCUGCCUAUACUUAUCAGACGAGUGGAGGGACGUUCCUUGCCACACAACCAUUGUCACGAAGACAGAUAGAUGAGGGCUGCAGGGAGGCUGAAGCAGUUGCUAACAGCAGGCAGUGCCAUUUAACAUACUAACUCUUCCAGGAGGCAAAUUCCUUGAGCCUUAGAGUUGAGUAAACCCUACAUGAUUGGGUGUUGGCUGUUGCAGCACCCACGAUCUGGUAUGUGGGCAGAGAGCAAAGCUGAACUUGCACCUUGUGUCCCAAGUUUAAGUAGCCCUGUAGCAUUCAAUGUCUCUGUUCAGACAGGGUGAAUGACCACGGCUAGAGUAGCAGAGUAGUCUUUGACCUUAGAACAGUAUCCAGUAAGAAAUACCAAUGAUGGCUAGGGAGAGGGGUUCAGACGAUGUAUAGACAGCAACCUUUUGUUUAUUUCUGUGCUGGUCUGUGAAAUGUCCUCACCAGUUCUUGUUCCAGUUGGGCCUUUUGACCACUCCAACCCUGCAACUGCGAAGUAGUCGUUAACUAUCUGUGGACACUUCUGAGGGGCUUCUAAAGGGCGGUCGUCUUGUUUUCUCCACUACGCUUUCCCAGGGUUGCUGCACCUCAAAUGCAGGAGUUCUGUUCCAUCUUAAUUUCAACCUAAUGUCAUCAGAGCAUAGGCCUCCAUUCACUGUUGGACGGUACAGUAUAUCCAUAUGCUACACCUCUGGGAAUUGAGUUGUGUUAUUUUCAUCCUUAGAAUUCUUCAGCCUAGUCCAAUCCUCACCCUGUCUCCACAUGAACCAAAGAUCAUAGCUGGUCUCAGUUAAGCAACCAAGCCCAAAUUAAGAGAAUCCCACUUGAGUGAACUGUCCUUGGGGCAAGAAAUUUUGCCACACGUGUGUUGGCCAAAUCCAGAUACAAAGUGUCUUUUCCAAAAGUGGGAAGAAUAAGGAUUCAGAAUGAGCACGGCUGACAUAAUCUACCUGCACUGUACCUCCCCAGCUCUAUCUCACUCCACCUCUCUUGGCCUCUCCCUCCUGCUUCCACCCAUCCCCCUCUCAUGUUGCUCCCCUCCCUUGUCCGCUCUCUCACACAAGCAUCAUUUAUAAUUAUCACCAAAUGAGAUCUUCCCUCAGCAGGCUGACCAUCGAUCCGCUGCUCCCCUCUGGGACGAGAGAACAGCUUUUGGAAUUUAUAUCAAACUGAGCUAGCACCUUUAUAAGUGAUGGCUGGAAGUAAGCAAGCAGGAGGUACAUAUCAGACAGUUGUAUAUGGACGUCUCCGUAUGGUCUAUAUACCACAUCAGUCAUAAAUGGUAUAAAUCAUAUAUGCAUUCUAUCAUCCAGUCAUGGACUAAUACCAUUAAGCGAGGAAUCCGUGGACCCCAGCUUGGGAACCUCGAUCUACUGUAUACGAACGCGUUCCAUUUCAGUGCCGACACACACCGGGGUUGCGAUAAUGAUUAAAAUGUGCAGUUUGGUACUGGCAGUUUAUGAUGUCGCCUGACGUCGAGUGUGUUAGAGAAUGGGUUGACGCGUUUCCUGGGUGGACGCUGUGCCCUCUGCUUCCCGCUGCUAGUUUCCUCACCCGCUGCCUCCCACGCCAACCCUCUCAUUAGUGUGAGCAGAGCGCGCUCGGUUUCUGCACUCGUUCACCGAGGAAGCGGCCAGCCCCUGUGGCGACGUUUGAAAGUAGACACUGUCCCUUGAGGAAUGGCUGGCGACAGAGCCUCCGGUGCAAGCUCCCCAAGUCGGUCAGUGGCUGCCAGCCGGACCUUGGCCAUUGGUGAAACCAGCUGCAGCCUCUGCUUUCGGGACCUAGGCUGAUGGGUGGUGGAGCGGCUGCUCUCUCUGACUGAGGGGGAGACUUUCUGACUGCCCCUCAUGCUUUUUAACAUUACCAACAUCACUGAUUAUGUGCUACAUGAAGUUAGUAUAUUCAAGACCCACCUCCCUCUCCCCAGACCUGGGAGAACUGCUUUUAGCUUCUGAUGGUUGAUGAGUCACCACGAGGCCCUUUAAAAUAUCCAGCUGCCUGAAACCCUCCCCUGUGAGGUCAUCACAUAGAAUUGCUAACCUUGUACUCUCAGACAGAUGCUAAUUGCAGUUGCAAUUCAUGCCUGAGGAAGCCAUGUCAUAUUUAACACUGUCACCAUAGCUGGACACUCCCCUCCCUUCCCCCAAACAACUCUGUAGAUAAUACAUUCCAUGCAACCCAGAAAAUGUUGUGUUUUCUGUCACACUUUUUUCUCUUGCUUUCUGUAUGUCACCUUCUUCCCCGUCCUUGGUCCCGAAUAAAAAUGCACGCAAAGUCUUACAUUUAGUGAACAUCCUCCUAUUGGACAAUAAAGCAGCCUUGUCCGAUCCCAAGAAGCGUUUGCAGAGAUAAACUGGAACUGUAGUUUCCCUCAACUGAUGACACAGUGUUUCAUUAACCGAUGGAAUUUCAUCUUAAUCUGAAAUUACAAAUUUAAGUCAUUUUAACCUAUGUUUUUAAAAAAUAACUUUUAAGAGCAUCUUAUCAAUUAAUAACUCCCAAUAUCUCUUAAGAGCAUCUUACCAGCAGGUUUCUAUUCAGAUUUUACUGACUGCAUAAUUAGUAAAUAACCCAGCGUUAUUUACUAAUUAGCCAGUUAGUCCGGCAUAGUUCGGGAAGGAAGUGAAAGGAGUAACUAGUUCAGGGUCUCCAAGGCCAGCUGAUUAUUUGUGUUGUGUCAUGCAUUGGGCCAUUUACAGACCCAGCGCACUGAAUCAAGUGCAGUGCGUCUGUAGCGCACCACUGGGUGACCAUCCUGCCACAGUGCAGGUCAGACAGAGCCUCCGGAAUUCUCCCACACCAUUGCAUGAAGACCAGUCAACAACUGCAGUACAAUCCUCAGCGGGCCAUUGGUAUGGUGCAAGGAGUAAUUGAUGGAGCUGACGGGAGGGUGGGAGACCAGGUUUCGUCACCAAAGUUUACGGGCUGUCUUUGUUUAAAUUUGCUCUUGCCCUCAUCCCACAAAAGAGAGUUAGCACUCACGUGCUUAGCCAGUUACUGAAGGCUUUGAAAUUCAAUGAUGUAAUAUCGCUUCUUCUGGAAACUUUUCCUUUUGAAUUUCCUUCUGACUUUUUCCCCUCCUGAGGUCUGGUGCACACAGAUUCCUCUCACUGCUCUCCCGCAUGUGGUGACGUUCAGGUGGUUACCUCAAGAUGAGAGAAUUACACAAGCCCCCCCCCCCCCCCCGGACAAAUGGACUGAAUCUAAGUCCGUACUUGUGUCGCCAUCAUAAGGCUUGAGCUAAAGAACGAAAGCCCAUCCAUUGCCAGUACCCUUUUCCUCCUGAUGUACGGUUGCAUUGUUUUAAAUAACUUUGUCCGGAUGCAUCCACAAGGCAGGAAUCUCUGAUCUGCGCUGUCGGUGGAGCAGAGAGUAGGGACUCCAGAACUUGCGAGGAGGUUUGGAUGGAAGGAAUAUCACAAGAAGGUUGGUGUGAUGCCCCCUGUAGUUGGACAUCUUGCUGGCUCUCCAUAUUAACAGCAAGAGUGACUACUUUAGAAGUCUGUGGGUGGGGCCCCUUCCCUCUGACACAGGAGAAGGAUGAAUGCUUGGAUGAGGGAGGAAACACCACAAAACCUUUUUCCAUAAAAUACAGGAAUCUUACCCUGUUACACCAUAAACCAGUUGUUCUCCAAUCAGCCAGCCCACUCCAACCCCCCCCCCCACCACCUUGAUUCCAUGGAUUUUCCAAUAAUUUGUCAUACAUUCUCAGAAACAGGAUCCGAAGGCUUUCUUGUGGUCUUCCCUGGAGCUGCUGUUUCUUCUUGCUGGAAUUCCAGCAGAUUCCCUGACUGCCAGGCUUCAAGACAACCAGUACUAUUGUGAGGUAGCUGUUGGCAUACUGCUUGAUGGGUUCUGUACAUUUGGAGCAUAUCUGUAAAUAGGUUUACCUUUUCCUUCCCAUUGGUGUUUGCCAGGGUUAUUUAUUCUUACCUACGUUGUUGUGUUUAUUUGCUGCACAUCAAAGUGUUUGCACAAAGGAAGUUGGUGAGACCCAGGUUGGUAGCUGGACCUAACUGAGUUCUGUCGUGUUUUAAGGCGGUUGUUUCGCUGGUGUUUUAGCGCCCGUCCAUAGUGUUGUUUAAAAAAGGGACUGGUAUUCUGUGCUUUGCAGUUCCAGGUGCCUGUGUGCCACACUGCCCUUCAGGGCUGGAUGUGCUCCCUAGUGCCUGCACACGUCAUGUUGGCCACUGUCCACCCCCCUCUCUCUCUGGUGGAUUUAGAUGGUGUGUGGGGAUAAGAGAGCUAAGAGCAAGCAAGCCCACCUCCCUGGCAAAAACAGCUUGGAGAGAGAGGAGGGGCUCACCAUUCCCAAGUGCCUCUUUCCAUCUGGCCCUCUGUGUCCAUUGGCUGUGGCAUGAGUACCACAUGACUUGAAGCUUCACUCUGAUUGGAAGGAUCAUCGAGCUGAAGUGCUGUAAGACCAGUGACCCUGGUUCGAAGUUUCAGAGUGCACAACAAGGUCAUCUCCAGCCAACUGCAUCUCCUCCAUGAGUGUCCCUCAUUCUUCCCUCACUCCCACCCCUUCAACAGCAUCUGCUGUUAGCAUUCAGGCUUUCUGAUUCCACCUCCCCAUCCAUGCCAGCUAGAGCUACAUAUACCUCCAUUUCUUUUUUCGUAAACCACAUUCACCAAGCAGGGACUCCUGUGUAAAGCGGAGACCAUCCUUGCUGACAGGCUCUGGGAAUGACUUCCCUGUUUGGCAAUCCAAUGCCAGGGAUGUGCUGAGGGACAGUCUUGUCAAGGCCCUCAAUACAUCCCUGGGAUUGGCUAACAGCGACCUUGAAAUUCGACAGAGGGAAGAGGGAGGUUGUUUUCCCAAACUGAUCUCGUCCCUCCAAAAAAAGUACAAUUCAUGAAAGGCGGCAUUGAAAGAAAAUGAACCACUUUCUUUUGUCCCAGGAGGGCUCAGGGUCCUGAGGCUUAGCCUCCCUGUCCUGGUAAGCGUAGGGUCCACUUGGAUCUCCCUAGCAUGAAUGUCAGAGAGUGAAACUGGGGAAGGUGUGUGGGGCCAAAUACAAUGACAUCCAUGUUGAAACAUCCUGACACAAGUCUCAAAUAAACAUCACCCGUUCCUCUUCCUCCCACCUUGGCAAGAACACACCUUUCUGUUCUCAGCUGAAGGUACGAAACCAAAAAUCAAACUAUUCCCUCCCCCCUGUAUUCCUUUCCAUCCCGUUCAAGUAAGAUUGCAAUUGGAAUUAUUCAGUGAAAUGGUGGCUAUCUCGACCUAUUCUGUGUGUUAAUGCCUGACUGUUAAGGGAGUGUCAGUGGAAUUAAACGGAGACAGGUUGCUGUGGCCUUGUUAAGGUACGUGAUCUACAGAAUAAUAACCCAUUGUGUCUUGUGCCUCUCAGUAAGUGUGUGGAGAGCAUACGCACAGAGACUGCACUAUAAAUCUUUUUUUGAAAAGCACUCGUACUGUGAUUUGGGGAAAGAUUAAAUCUCCACUGAUUCCUUGUGUUAAAUUGUUUUUUGUUAUGAUUUUGUGUUUUGUUUUUGCUUAUACGUGCAUUCAUACAUGUCUUGCAACUUGUUGCUAACAGCACGUUGCCUCAGAUGUACCAGAUUCCUGUAACAAAAGUCUUUGAUUUCAUUAAAACACAUUAAAGUUGCAUUGGCA